AACACACGUCACGUACGCGUUUAAGUAACGCGUGGAAUCAUUAAAAUAUCUCAUUCACAAAAUAGCCUUCAAAUACUCCAUUCAUAGGCCCUAUCGUUUUGUUAAACAAAACUUCCGUUCAACUUCUCAAGGAGAAAAAUCUGUACUAGUGAAAUAUGGGAGGUGGUAAGGAUGAUUCUGAUAAGGGAAUCUUUAGCAAUAUAGCGGGAGGUAUGAGUCAUCUUGCUGGUGGUCAUCACGGACAUCCAGGACAGUAUCCUCCACAGCACGGCGGUUACCCUCCGCAGCAAGGGUAUCCUCCUCAAGGGUACCCUCCUCAACAAGGGUACCCUCCACAGCAAGGGUAUCCACAGCAGGGUUAUCCUCCGCAAGGAGGAUAUCCACCUGCUGGAUAUCCUCCACAACAAGGAUAUCCUCCACAAGGAUAUCCUCCUGCAGGUCAUCAUGGUGCUCCACAGCAUCAUUCAGGACAUGGUGGCAUGGGGGUAAUGUUAGCUGGAGGUGCUGCAGCUGCAGCUGCUGCAUAUGGCGCUCAUAAGCUGUCACACGGACACGGUGGAUCUCACAUGGGAGGACAUGGUAUGCCAUUUGUCGGAGGCGCCAGUCAUUAUGGAGGAGGCAAGUUUAAGCAUGGCAAGGGAGGGAAAUUCAAACAUGGAAAGCACGGCAAGUUUAAGCAUGGCAAGGGAGGGAUGUUCGGAGGUAAAUUCAAGAAGUGGAAGUAAACUAGGUACAGUAUCGAAGACUUCAGCUGGCUUUUCAGUGUGCUAAUGUUCGUCUCUUUAAAUAAGACAUACUAUAUGUUAUUAUGGCCUGUAUGUGGCCUGUGAGAUAUUGUGUUGCUAUGCAUUUUCAAUUACUAAUUUGAGUGAGUUUCUGCAGUCGAAUAGCUCCCAUAGGGGCAUAAACUUUCCUUAUUUCUUCCUAUCUUCUUCUGUAUUCGCUCAUUCGCUUCGUUUCCUAGCUUUUUUGUACAGUAUUGCAGUACUACUAACUCCAUGGUUGAAAAAGUUGCAGACUUUUUUUGUCUA